AUGGCACCUUCCGCUGUCUCUACGGUCACUGAAGCGUAUCCCACGAUCACGUUUCAUAAUAGUGCCCAUGCCAAUCACCUCAAGACAACCAAUGGCCACUUUGAUUCUCACCAUGAGACAGCUGGCAAUCCGAAACAACUAAUUGGGGAGGCUCUUCGACACCGCGUCGAGAGCAUCGAUCAUGAUGACUGUGAGCCCGGAGAAGAGGAUGCCUUCUUCGUGGCCGAUCUGGGCGAGGUCUACCGACAGCAUUUGCGUUGGAAACUGAACCUCAAACGAGUCAAACCAUUUUAUGCGGUCAAAUGCAACCCGGACCCUACCGUUCUCCGACUCCUCGCAGAGCUCGGCACUGGCUUUGACUGUGCGUCCAAGAGCGAAAUCGAACAGAUUUUGAGCUUGGGUGUCGAUCCAUCCCGUAUCAUCUAUGCGCAGCCGUGCAAGACCAAGUCCUAUGUUCGUUACGCCGCUCGCGAAGGUGUCAAGCAGAUGACUUUUGACAAUGCCGAUGAGCUCUACAAGACGAAGCAGCUCUUCCCGGAUGCGGAGCUCUAUCUUCGCAUCCUGACUGAUGACUCUGGCAGCUUGUGUCGUUUCAGCAUGAAGUUUGGAGCCUCCAUGGAUAGUACGGAGAGCCUGCUCGCGCUUGCCAAGGAGCUGGGAUUGAAUGUCGUUGGCGUCAGCUUCCACGUGGGUUCUGGCGCUUCUGACCCCAAGGCUUUUCUCAAAGCCGUGUCGGAUGCUCGCGCUGUGUUCGACCAGGCAGCCAACUUUGGUUAUGAGUUGAAGACUCUCGAUGUCGGUGGUGGUUUCUCCGGUGAGAGCUUCGAGCCCAUGGCUGCCAUCCUCUCCCAGGCGUUGGAUGACCACUUUCCCCCGCACGUCCGCGUUAUUGGCGAGCCGGGACGGUACUAUGUUGCAUCUGCCUUUACCUUGGCCUGCAACGUCAUCGCUCGCCGCACCAUCGAGGAUCCUGCGGAGGUGGUCCCGUCUCACAUGCUUUACAUCAACGAUGGAGUCUAUGGAAACUUCUCCAGCAUCAUGUUUGACCACCAGCACCCUGUUCCUCGCAUCCUGACCGCCAACAAGCGCUUCUUGCACGAUCGAGAGGAGGCCGAGUACGCUACUCAGCCUACCACCAAAUACUCUGUCUGGGGCCCUACCUGCGAUGGGAUUGACUGCAUUUCGGCAAGCUGCUACUUUCCGGAGAACCUGAACGUGGGCGACUGGCUCUACUUUGAGGAAAUGGGAGCAUAUACCCGGUGCUCCGCCACUCGCUUCAACGGAUUCCCCGACAGUCACGAUGUCGUCUACGUCAGCAGUGAGCCGGGCGCGUCGGCAUUGUUGGGAUUGUAG